AAACAUUUCUAUCUGCAACGUCUUCAGUUUUAGAUUCUGUUACAUCUACUGAUUAGUUUUUGCGGUUUUUACGAAAUUCACUUACUAAGAAAUCAUAGUAGUAACUGAAGUUUUUUUUAUUCACCGUAAUAUUUAUUUAAUUCCAUGUUUCUUUCAAUCAAAAGACUGUUAUAACCUAUUUAGUGUACAGUUCGGCAAUGGGAACAAGUUCUUAUCUAGCAUUCCUUACCGCUCUUAGUGUGUUCACCGCCCUAUUUGCCAUUAUCUAUCAAGCAUAUUUGGCCUCUAAUGAUUUAAAAACACUGACAGUAAUUUUGCAAAAUUUGAAAAACCUAGAGCAUCAAUAUGCAGUGCAUAGACCACGGGUUGCUAUUGGGUAUGGGUCCUGCAGCGAUCUGUACGUCAAAGCGGUGAAUUUUCUCAACUUUACCGAUAAUUUGGAGCAUUUACUACGCCAAAAAACAUUUGCCGUCGACGAUAUAAAUACAGAAGAUGAUUUCUUACAAAGUUUUGCUUACUACUUUCAAAGAGGAGCUGCCGCUGAGCGUUUUACCGUUAACCGAGAACUAUUUCAAAACUUAGUUAAAUUGGCUAAAAAGUCAUCUUCCGCGGAACCAAGAUGGGCGCUGGGAGGAAAUGCUCCUGUCAUAGGAUCUCGAUUAGCUGCAGAAGGUGCUGAAGUAUUGCUCGGAGCCAAAAUGUCAUCAAAGCUCAAAUCUCACUUGAAAGCCGAUAUAACCUUAACCGGUAGCCUAAUCACCGACGAUGAUAUUCACCUAAUUUUGGAGUACAAAACAGGUGAUGAAUGGGGCUCACUGCGUACUCCACGUGCCAAUCGGUACAUUCUACAUAACGACCACCAUAAUCCGUAUCUGAGCUCUCUGGACGAGUUCGAGCAAGGUCUACAAGGUUUCAAUCCACAUUUGUUCGUGGUGAGUGGUCUUCAGAUGAUGGAUAACUAUGUUUACGAACCUGGAGUUCGUGAGAAUUUACUGAAAAAAGUUAGCAAUCAAAUGCAAGCACAAUCCACUGAUGCGCUGGUACACUUUGAAAUGGCCAGCUUUGUUGAACUAGAGUUAUUGCAACUUCUUCUGAGACAUGUUGUGCCAUAUAGUGAUUCAAUAGGCAUGAAUGAACAAGAACUGGAUAACCUGCGACAUGUUCUAGAAACCGGCAAAAUCAGUCUGGUGGCCGAUUGUAAUCCUCGCGUUGCUCAAUCCUUAGACCAGGCAAGAGCAGUGAUACGUAUACUUAACGAAGACUACUUUAGACAUCACGUUACAAAUCCAAAACGACGAAUGUUGUCACGGAUUCAUUUGCACACUUUAGCUUUCCAGGCUAUUUUAGUUGUCGGUGGCAGUAAAUGGAAUCACACAAAGAAUGCAGCAGCAAAAGCAUCUCUAACUGCACAUCGACACGUUUGUGCUAGUCAAAUAGUUAACCCAGAUGCUGCUUAUCGCUUGCUGGACGAUAGUUUCGCUUCUUCACUGCAAGAUGGAUCAACCCGGAUUCCUUUUACUGAGCAUGAUCCUGUUUCAUGCUGGAAUGAAACAAUUAUAACCAACGAACCGUCGCAUCGGUUGGACGUAGAAAUCUGUGUGGCUCCUGUGUUGAUUUGCAAGGUUGCCAAACAAACCGCAGGUGCUGGUGAUAACAUUUCUGGAGCAGGCCUAAUACUGCAAAUUUAACAUAGCUUUAACGUCUCCUUCUGACUCAAUCCUAAAUCCCUGCUUUGACAUUCCAUCGUUAGAAUUGUAAGGAAGUUAAGGUAGCUUUAGGGCAAUGUUGCAUUUUUUAGAUAUAGUCGACAAUAAACACAGGCAAAAAGUCUACAAUAUAAA